GGAAAUAAGAGAACUUCUGAGGAAGCUUAAACUAAAACAGGAAUUCCCACAUUAGUGUUUUCAUGGUUUGACAAAGCAUCCAAGAGCACACAAAAUUGCUAUAUCACCCAUAAAUUCAGUUCCAAAGGAGAUUUUUUCAAUCCUACAACAGACCUGGUACUAUAAUGAUUUCUCUAUCUGAUGUUUAUCAUGUUGUGGCAGCAGCAGUUCCAUUAUAUGUUGUCAUGAUAGUAGCCUACAUCUCUGUGAAAUGGUGGAAGCUUUUCACUCCAGAUCAAUGUGCAGGGAUAAACAAGUUUGUGGCAAAAUACUCAAUUCCUCUAUUAUCGUUUCAAGUGAUCUCUGCCAACAACCCCUACAAAAUGAACCUUCAACUCAUAUUCGCAGACUUAUUGCAGAAGCUACUUGCCUUUCUGGUAUUGACAGCAAUUACUAAAGUCAGCUCCCGAGGAGACUUGAAUUGGAUCAUAACUGGCAUCUCUCUGUCAACACUGCCUAACACACUAAUCCUGGGAAUGCCACUAUUGAAAGCCAUGUAUGGGGAAGAAGCACCAGCACUCCUUUCCCAGAUAAUUGUCUUACAAAGCCUGAUUUGGUACAAUAUAUUGUUAUUUCUGUUUGAGCUCAGUGCCGCAAAGGCAGCCCCUGUAACACCAGCAUUAGAAGUCCCAGUUGAUACAGAAGCCCCCCAGGAAGCACAAACAAAAGAGGAAGAGGAAGAGAGAGAGAAAAAAGAUGAGGAAGAGGAGGAAGCAAGAACCAGAACAACAACGAAAACCAAAACUAUGCUCAUUCUUUUGACAGUGGGGAAGAAGCUUUUUAGAAACCCCAAUACACAUGCAACUUUAACAGGUCUCAUUUGGGCAAGCAUACACUUCAAGUGGGGAGUAAAAAUGCCAGAAAUUGUUAAGCAAUCGAUACUCAUAAUUUCAAAUGGGGGACUUGGCAUGGCAAUGUUCAGCUUAGGUCUUUUCAUGGCAUCACGUGCUAGCAUAAUACCAUGUGGAACCCGACUGGCAUUGGUAGCAAUGGGAAUGAAGUUCUUGGUGGGGCCUGCCCUAAUGGCAGUGCCUUCAACUGCCAUUGGACUAAGGGGCAAAGUCCUUAGAGAGGCAAUUGUGCAGGCAGCACUUCCUCAGGGAAUUGUUCCAUUUGUUUUUGCCAAAGAGUAUAACGUACAUCCCGACAUAUUGAGCACAGGGGUAAUUUUUGGCAUAAUAAUUUCCAUGCCAAUAGCUUUAGCCUACUACUUCCUUCUAGCAUUGUAAAAAUGCUGUUAGAAAGAUGCAACAUAACUCCAUAACCACAAAUUGCUGCGACAUAGAUCAUCUAAACCAGGAAACGAUCAAUUGCUAAAGAUGGACUGCAGAUUGCAGAAGUAUUAACCAUUUUUUUGGAAAAAAAAAGAAGAAGAAGAAGAAGAAGAAGAGAGUUUUCUUUGACAUGCAGUGAUGUGGAUGAUUUUCUCCCCAGAACACAUAAAAUGUACCUGUUAUUGAAAUUAGCGAGCUAAUGCAUGGUGAGUAACGGGUAGUUGUAAUUUUACAGCCUCAUUAAUUUGAGAUUAACAAAU